CAUCUCUCCUCAAUACCAUGGCCUCCAGGGCUGCGCCGCCGCACAAGAUCGAGCUCGCGGGAGGUGCUGUACAUGUGCAUCUCACCUGCUCGAGCUGUGCGCACACGGCAUGGGACCACCAGCAGGUGGCUUGGCUCGCUGACCUCAUCGCGCAGCAGCUCCAGAAAAUGGGGCACUCUUCUACGCCCAUGCAUUCCCGAGGGGGAUCCACGCCCGCCGCCUCGACCUCGCCGCCCCUGCAGUCAGUCCCGUCAGCCGAAGCUCCAGGUCCCGUGAACUUGGGCAAGAAGGGCCCACGGACAAGGACAGGGUGCUUCACGUGCCGCAUGAAGCGCGUGAAAUGUGACGAAACUAAGCCCGUCUGUAACAGGUGUCGGCGGAAUCCCGAACGGAACUGCGUGUAUCCGCGCACCAACGCCGACGCACAGCGCGAGCGCGACCUUCUAGCGCGGCCAAAAGCGCUCGUAACGGGACAGUCACAGCCUUCAGCAGCUCACCGCGCACCGCCGGCCCGCGCCGCCUCACGCCAAAAUCGCAAUCCCGGCUCCUCCUUACUGCGGGCCGCAUGGACGGGGCCAGUAGUGCAGAACGCUCCCCCUCUGGACGUAGCAGCGCCCAGCCCCAUCUUGCCGGACCAGUUCGGCCUUUUUCUGGACGGCAUAUCAUAUGUGUCGUCGCCCGGCCUCCUCAACGCGCACCCAACGAAACCUGGAGCGCGGGCUCGUGGCGACCGCGUCCUUGCCAAGUUGUGGGAAGCCCAAAUGUUCAUCUCCGCCGGCGGUGCGGCGGAAGUCGGGACGAGUGCGCAUGCGACGCUCGCUGCCGCGCUCGUGAGCGUAACGUGGAGUCUGGGCGCGGUCUCCCGCGCAUUCGAAGGCACCCGGCCCGCGGAGGGGCACGAUAUCAUGAUCGCGCGCUCGCGGCGUUUUGCGGACGACGCGGCACAGGUUAUCCACGCCGUGAACUGCGGCGAGGGGUUCCACGAUCCAGAGACAAUGCUCAUUCUUCUCGAGUUGCUUCUGCUGCGUGAUUGCGGGAGCGGUGAUCCGCUGUGGGCCAAGACGCAUGCGUUGCUGCGCACGUACGCGCAUCGAUGCGGGGGGCCGCGCAAGAUGAUCGCAGAUAACCGCGCGGUCAUGUUUGGAAGCAGCCUGUACGAACAGCACCUGGUGUAUCUCGGGCUUUACGACACAUUCGCAUCGCUCAGCCUGGGUAUGGCGCCAUACUUCCUCGAGCCUCAGCGUCCUGACGAAACGCAGUGGAUCGAGGAAGUCGCGUCGGCGCAGCAGGUGAUCCAGUCGGACUUCGGGAUGAGUCUGCACUCGCUCUUCGCCGUUGCAAAGCUCGCGCACCUGCUGGCUCAGCGCCCGGGCCAUGCGUCGCACGACCCCGCGCACCAGUUGUCCUGCCACGCCAUGUAUGACGAGCUGGAGACGACGGCGCUCGCAACGAUCUACUCGUCGCCGGCGCCCAUCCGCGUGCAGUUCGGCGACCUCCUCAUCCGCCAUUCGCUCAUCUGCCACUUACAGCGCGUGGCGUUUGGGCGCCGCGCGGACGACGCCAUCGUGCAGCGCAGCGCGUCCGCCAUCAUGGAACUGCUCGCUGAGGUCGCGAUUCAUACGGGAUCCAUGGUUAACCUCAACUACCCGAUGCUCGUCGUGUCGGGCCUCGUGGAUGGCGAGGACCAGGAGCGUCUCCAGAUCCUUAUGGACUUUGCUAAGGUGUCAAGCGGGCUCGUCGAGCUCGACCGGUUGGAGAGCAUUGUGUACGAGGUGUGGAGGCGGAAAGAGGCGGGCGAGGAGGAGUUGCGCAUGACUGAUAUCUGGAGCCAGAGGGCUAUAAUGCUAAUCCUUUGAUGAGUGUAUGUAUGGGGUACGAUAUGGG